AUGCCCGGACCAGUUCCGUAUCCAAUUGCAGCAUUGCCGAACGUUACUGCGUCAGGUCUGAGUGUUGCUCCAACUACUGGCUGGUCAGCUCCAGCUGUGACAAACUAUGCCUCAUCUAGCGCUAAUGUGCAGCCAAGCUCCGCUGUUCAGUCAAGCUCCAUCGUUUCUCGCUCGAAAACAGUGACUUUUGAUUCAAGUGCCACUAGUACGCCCUUCAUCCGUGGAACAAGCACUUUGUCGUCAACAUCUUCCCAGACAACCGAGGCUUCUGCAAACACCGCUACUAUUAGCCCCGUUUCUAACCUGGAUUCAGCUCAGAUUGUAUCUGGUGAUGACUCGAUGGCUGGACCUUCUACAGCUGUGUCUGCUGAUGCCGAAUCCACCUGCGGACUUACCAAGACUGUGACCGUUAAGACCACUGUUACCGUGUCUUCUGCUACCCGCGAGCCCACAUGUGCUGCGGCCACUUUGACCACGACCACGACAACUACGACCACCAUUCUCGCGAAAGCCACUGAGCAAGUCUAG